AUGAAAAAACAACUUCUUCUAAUAGUUUUGCUCUGUUGCUCUCUCUACGUUAAUACCAUAUUAUUGGGUAUAUUUAAUAAGAAGAAACAAGCAGUCAUAGAAACCUCUCUUUCCACUAGUUCAGAAUUAGACGAAAGUGGACUAAAGGAUGUUCCUUCAACCCUAUUAAUGAUUGGUGCUGGAAAUGUUGGUUAUCCACUUUUACAUGCUCUCAUAUCAGAAAAGACAUCCCAACCAUUCUUCUCCAAAAUUAUUGUGCUCGAUGCUCAUCCAAUAGUUCAAGAAGAAACUCAAUUUGCGAAAGAACAUGUCAACCAAAUUGAAUACAUUCAAGGCGAUAUGAGAGAUGAGUUGAUCUUAAGAGAAAUCUUCAACAAUUCAAACGUGAGAGGUGUCAUUGUCAUGUGGUGUGAGUUGGAAAAAGACACAUGUCAAGAUAUCAACACACAAGUGUUGAUGAAACAAAUUACAAUGAGUAGAAAUAAUCCAUGGUUGAUAUUCGCAUCUAGUAGAGAAGUUUAUGGAGUUGUAAAGGAGUUUCAAAAGUUUCGUCCAAUGGGAUUUCAAAACCAAUCCUCUCAAACUACAUGCCCAUUGCUGUCCACGCCUUGA